GGUUCUGAAUUUGGACUCCCGUCACCUGCAAGCCAGCGCCAGCGGCGCCCCCGAGCGCGCUCAGCCGACGCCGCGGUCCCUCUGGACUGGGGUACCGGCGCCUCUCCCCAGCUGCGCCCAGGCGCUUUCGGGGCCUCGGGGAGCCGCCGGAGGCCGCCUCCUGGCCUCCCAGCAAGCCCCGCGCGGGAGAGGACGCGGCUGGCCGGCGCGGGCAGCCUCACCGAGCGGCAGCAGCGAGUGGCACAGCAGCGUGGCGGCCGUGCGGCGCAGGUGGAAGGGCACGAAGGCGGCGUCCUCGCUGCCCAGCCAGCCCGACAGCAGGUUCUGCACCGUGAGCCCCGCCGCGUGGAACUCGUUGGGCGUGAACACAAAGCACACGGCGAAGACCAGAUAGGCGAGAGUGAAGGUCACCUCGGGGCUGUACAUCGCGCCGCCGCCGGGAAGCUGUCCGGCGAGGCCGCCGCCCCGACGCGGGGAAGACGCCACUGCGCCCAGGCCCGGCUGCGGCAGCCGCCGCCCGGCCGCCCGAGAGGCACUGCGGGAGAUGGAGUCCCGCCGCCGCCCGCCCGCGGGGCGCUCUGGGAGAUGGCGUCCGGCCGUCCGCAGGGCACUCUGGGAGAUGCAGUCCCCGUGAGGGUGCGGCCUCUCUUCAGGGCCGACCCUGGAGGCGGCGCCGCAUCUGGUCCCAAUGCACAGCUGAGGAAACUUAGGCCUGAGCGAGCGGCUCUCAGGCCCUGGCCAUGACGCCCCGCCCAGCAGCAUACGCUGCAGAGCCCGAGGUUCAGCGGGCGACUGCGAGCAGCGGUCCCAGCUUCAGACGCUCCUAACUUGCCCUCCGCUCCGGAAACGAAACCGUCGGCGCACGAGGGGGCGGGGCCGGCGAGACACGGCUCCUAUUGGGCGUCCGCGCUGCUGCGGUCCCGCCCCCGGCUGCGUGCCGAUUGGCUGCGUAGAGGCAACCGUCGCGUUUGAAACUCGGGCGCGCUGGCGGCCAUCAAGGGCUGCGGCAGCGGCGACGGCGGCGGCGGCAGCCACACUGGGUCCCUCGCGCGGAGCAGGCGCGGACCUCUCCUUCCUGGCGGCGGCGGCGGCGCGGUUCAGAGCCCGGCAACGGGCAGGCGGGCAGAAUGAGUCUGCAAGUCUUAAACAACAAAAAUGUCAGCAGUGAAAAAAGUACAGAAAACUGCGACUUCCUGUUUUCACCACUGGAAGUUACCGGAAGAUUGUCUGUUCUUUGUGAGUCACAGAAAGAAAAUGUGCCACCCAAGAACCUGGCCAAAGCUAUGAAGGUGACUUUUCAGACGCCUCUGCGGGAUCCACAGACGCACAGGAUUCUAAGUCCUAGCAUGGCCAGCAAACUCGAGGCUCCUUUGGCUCAGGGUGACACCCUGGGACUGGAAAACUCUCACCUAGGAUGGACACAGGAGGAGAACCAACAGCUCAUCAAGGCAGUGGAUGUCAAAACUACUCAUGGAAUUAUCCAGAAACCAGUGGAGGCUGACACCAACCCCCUGGGGGAUGCAGGCCAAGCCUUUGGGGGUGGCAGCUCCGGCGAACCUGGCCUGGGCGCCCUGGCUGAUCUGGACUGCUCAAGCUCUCCCCAGAACCCAGGAAGUUCUGAAAACCAAAUGGCAUCUCCAGGAAAACUGUCUGGCAGCUCUGAGCAAGCCUUGGAAGAAAAUGUUAGUUCUUAUUCCUUAGACAAGAGAAUGACACCCACCUCUGAGCUCCUAGAAGACCCUCCCAGGACAGAGUCCCAGCAUAGAGCGGAGCCUCUGCACAGAGCCGAGGAAGAAUGCAGUCCUGGCGGGGUCUCUGCGCCCACAGCAGUAGCCACUUGGCCUCCCGGUGUGAUCCCUGAGGAAGCACACGGAGGAAUGCCCCUAGGGGAUCUGCCUGGCGAGGCCCCAGCCUGCCCCGUGAGUGUGGGCACCCCCAUGCCAGCAGAUGGCACGCAGACCCUCACCUAUGCACACACCUCUGCUCCCGAGAGCACAGCCCCGACCCUGAGUCCUCUGGAGGAAGCAGCUUCGGGUCAGAUGGCCAGCUCCUCGAGGGCUGGACCCAUAAAACUUGAAUUUGACUUCUCCGAUGGCGCCACCAGCAAAAGGGCACCCGCACCAAAGAGACGGGGAGAGAGGUCCGGCCUGGAGCCUCCCUUGAGGAGAGCGGCAGCAAGGCAGCAGCAGGCCACGCGGGUGUCAGAAGAGGGUGGUGGGAGCAGGGCAGGAGCGGAGCCCCCAGCGCUGGCUUCGCAGGGCUCUCUCCACCUCGACUGGGACAGGCUGGAGUGCCCAAACUUCACCCCGCUCGGAGGUGGCAUAAAGUCCUGUUGCAGAGAGGCCCAGCCCCCGGAAAGCCCCAAGACCAGGCUGGGCCAGCCAGUGGCUGAACCAUGGAGUCCCACAGAGGAGCCAGGCUCCCAUCUGAGCCAGCAGCUGCUUUCAGCCUUAGCAGAGGACACACCUGUGGUGCAGUUGGCAGCUGAGACCCCAAGAACAGAGAGCAAGGAGAGAGCCUCGAACUCUGCUGGCACCUCGCUUCCCGCAGGCCGUCCGGACAGUGAGCCAGUGCCCAUCUAUCAGCAGGGGCAGCCUGCCUUGGAGCUGAGAGAGGAGAGCUUCAGAGACCCCGCUGAGGUUCUAGGCACAGGGGCGGAGGUGGAUUACCUGGAGCAGUUUGGAGCUUCCUCGUUUAAGGAGUCGGCCUUGAGGAAGCAGUCCUUGUACCUCAAGUUCGACCCUCUCCUGAAGGACAGUCCUCAAAGACCAGGGCCGGUGGCCACGGAGACCAGCAGCACGCGUGGUGUGGAGGAGCCUCCCUCAGGAAGUCCGCGGGAAGCCACGCUUGUGGAGUUGGAUUUCUUGGGAGCACUGGAUGCUCCGGUGCCAGACCCACCCCCAGGUGUCCCCGCGCCUGGCGGCCCACCCCUGUCCACCGGGCCUAUAGUGGACCUGCUGCAGUACAGCCAGAAGGACCUGGACGCGGCGGUAAAGGCGGCUCAGGAGGAGAACCAGGAGCUGAGGAGAAGGUGUGAGGAGCUCCACAGCACGAACCUGGAGCUGGGGAUGAUCAUGGACAGGUUCGAGGAGGUCACAUACCAGGUCAUGGAGGAGGUUCAGAAACAGAAGGAACUUGCCAAAGCUGACAUCCAGAAAGUUCUAAAAGAAAAAGACCAGCUGACUGCAGAUCUGAACUCCAUGGAAAAGUCCUUCUCUGACCUCUUCAAACGCUUUGAGAAACAGAAGGAGGUGAUUGAGGGCUACCGCAAGAAUGAAGAGUCACUCAAGAAGUGUGUGGAGGAUUACCUGGCGAGGAUCACCCAGGCAGGCCAGAGGUACCAGGCCCUGAAGGCCCAUGCCGAGGAGAAGCUGCAGCUGGCAAACGAGGAGAUCGCCCAGGUCCGGAGCAAGGCCCAGGCGGAAGCACUGGCCCUCCAGGCCAGCCUGAGGAAGGAGCAGAUGCGGAUCCAGUCGCUGGAGAGGACCGUGGAGGAGAAGACUAAAGAGAAUGAGGAACUGACCAGGAUCUGUGACGACCUCAUCUCCAAGAUGGCGAAGAUCUGACCCAGACCUGCAGCCCCUCCUCCUGUGUGCGUCUGUCCAGCUGUAUUGUCCAAUUCUUCUAGGUGUCAUUUUCUUUUUUCUGUCUUAAAACUAGAUUGCUUUGAAAAGAUGACUAAAUAAAGUUUCCUUUCAAUGUAAACUCUGAA